UAUUAUGCUAACUACACUUUAAUAAUUUUCUUGCAUGUUGAACAAAAGUGUAUUAAAUAUAAGCAUAUGUGUAUAUGUAUACUGUACAUCUAUCAUGAUUUUGCAACUGGGAAACAUAAAUAUAGUGAUAUUCCCUUAUUAGAAUUUAUACCACUUACUAUUCAUGCCACUGGUUAGAUGCUAAUUAUAUUUCAUUUACUUUUUUAGGGAUGCACGAUAUUUUGUCGGGCCGAUAUGGGUGACGUCAUUUUUAUUGCUCCGAUAAAUAAAUUAAAUCCGAUAAUCAGAUCAGAUAAAGUAUGCUUGCUGGUAAAUCAAUCAAUAAGUAUGAUUUAUCGGAGAUCCAUCCUCUUUCCGAGUGCACGUGACUGCAGCUGUAACCUGUAAUGACUCUCAGCCUGUGUCGCGUUUAUUAGUUCAUCAUCUGUGAACAUGUCUUCACCGGUCUGGAAGUUUUUCUCGGUGGCAGCGGAGGGCAAUGCCAUGGCUAUUUGCAGCGCUUGUUCAGCAAGGAUUCUGAGAGGAGGAAAAAAGGCGUCAAGUUUUAACACCACAAAUCUUAUAUCUCACUCUCAGGGUCGUCAUCGCAGGGAAGCUUGUAUUAAAAUAAAAUCAAGCAGCCGCGGCAGCAGUAGAUACUAGCCCUAGGCCGGGGCGUAUCUAGAAUUUGAAAACAUCAGGGGCUGAGCCCGAAACAUCAGGGGCUACUUAGGGAGAGGGGGAGUUCAUUAAAUUCAUGACAUUUUCUCUCUCACAGGAUUUUUAAACACAAUUCAUUUUAAUUGUGUGAAAUGGGAGGAGAAGAAUCUAAACCACCUCCUCGUCAACCUUCACCUCCACCUCCUAAACUCGAAUUUGAUGAACCAUGGAGAAAAAUGCCUUGGGGAAAAAAUAGUGAGAUUGAACAGAAACUGAGGGACUUCAAGCUCAAACACCCAAGUGUUCGGUUUGUCAGGAUUCUGCUUAUCGGUGAUGUUGGAGCAGGAAAGUCCAGCUUUAUAAACUCAGUCAGUAAUGUUUUCCAAAAACGAAUCACCUGUGAUGCUCUUACUAAUACAACCAGUGGAACGAGUUUUACAAAAACUUACGAAACAUAUUACAUUGAACGAAAGGAUGGAUCCCAUUUGCCUUUUGCAUUCAGUGAUGUCAUGGGGCUUGAAGACGAAGAAAAAGGUGCAAGUUCAGAAAACAUCAUCAAAGCCUUAAGUGGCUUUCUUCAGGAAGGAUUCAAUUUUGAUCCUACAUCGACUAAGUCUAUGAAUGAUCCUGGCUGCAGAAGCAACCCAAGUCUUGACGAUCAAACCUGCUGCCUGGUCAACAUUGUAGCAGCAGACAAAAUAUCAUUAAUGAAAGAUGGGGUCUUUAAUAAGAUGAACAAAAUCCGUGAGGCAGCUUCAAAACUGAAAAUACCUCAAGUAAUCAUCGUGACAAGACCCGAUUUAGCAUGCCCACUGGUUCACCAGGACAUAAGGAAGAUCUACACCAGCAAGAAGAUCAAAGAGAAGAUGCAGGAGUGUAGUAAUCGGCUGGGGAUUCCCAUGAAUCACGUCUUCCCUGUGAAGAACUACCAUGAGGAGAUAGACCCAGAUGAUAACAUGGAUCUUCUGAUUCUCAAGGCACUUGAUCAGAUUGUGAACAUCGCUGCUGACAAGUUGAAGAAAAAAUCCUUUAACUCUGGUGAGAAAGCUGAGUAAAGCCUCAGAUCUCAAUGCCUCAGUGAGAUUAGUGUUACACAAAGUGCUCCAUUAAACAUUUAAAAAUAUAUAUUAGGAUUACAGCUAUUACUAAAUGGAGAAAGUAACCAAGUAUGCUUUGCUAAAAUAUUAAGUGGAAUGCAAUAGUCUGUCUUUAUGCCAUUUAUGAACAUUAGUUUAGGCUACUUUAAAGUUACAAUAAGAUUUCUUUAAGAUUUCACAACUCAGAGUUACUACUCUACAUGUAACAAUGGGAAAGUUUUGUUAUGAUGAAGUAAGACUAUUAAAAGAAUGUCUCACGUCAGUCUCAGUCAUGCAAACUCAGACCUUCAGUCUAGCUGAUCAGCCAGUAAAUCAUCAGAAACAUAGAUUUCUAUUGCAUUGCACGUUUAUGUUUUUUUGCAGCAUGGAACAGUCUAAAGAACAUGUAAUAUUAGAAAUGUCUGAAAUAAACAACAUAUUGUGAAGUUG